GCCAUUCAGUGAGUGAGAGUUAAAGCAAAUAAUUAAAUUGUUAAAGACUUUGUUUAUAUUUAUAAUGUUUAUUUAGCAAAUAGUACAUAAAUUGUUUAUAGUGCAAAUAAUAGAAUGUAUAAUGGAUUUUGAUAGUCCUGAUGUGGAAAAAGAUUUUCCCGGUUUGUAUGCAUCGGAAAGUGUCGAUGGUAAAUCAAAAAAAAGCAAAGAAGAAAGUGAUUAUAGUGAAGGUGACCAUGAAAAGGUCAGUAAAAAGGACCUACUUAUUGGCAGACGUAAAGAAAAGAAGGAUAAGGGCAAGGAUCGUGGGUAUGCAGCAUUAGAGGGUGAAAGUUCUCCAGAGGAAGAAUUGGAAGCUAAGAGCCCAUCUAAGUCAAAGAAAUCAAAAACAUUUAAAUUUACCUCCUCUAAAAGUAAAGAAAAACGUGAAAAAUCCCGUGAUAAGGAAAAAUUGGAUAAGGAUCAAAUACAGGACGAAAAAACUAAAGAAAAAGAUAAAACCGAAAAAGAUAAAGAAACAAAAAAGAAAGAUAAGGAGCGUAAAGAAAAAGAGAAAAAAGAGAAAUCGAAGGAUAAGGAAAAAGAUAAAAAGGAUAAGAAAACAAAACAGCUAAGUAUAGCUUCUGAAGAAGUACUAGAACUGGGCGAUGCACAACCUGUUUUUGGUGUGUCGGUUAGUUUAGCUACUGAGCGAAGUCGUUGUCAUGAUGGCAUUGAUUUGCCGUUAGUCGUACGUGACUGCAUCGAUUAUUUACAAGAAAAUGCACUUAAGUGCGAGCAAAUUUAUAAAGUAGAAACAGUUAAAACGCGGCUACAGCAUUUCAAACGCUUAUACAACAAUCGAGAACGUCAACCUGAAACCGAUGAGUUGGACAUGCCUACAGCAUGCGGUUUACUUAAACUUUAUCUUAGAGAGUUACCUGAGCCAAUUUUAACCACUGAUCUUAUUGCGCGGUUCGAAGAAGUAGCUGCACACCCCCAAGUAACUAAACAACAAGAGGAGCUACAACAAUUGCACAAUCUAUUGCCAAGCUGUAACAAAACUCUUCUAUCUUGGAUAUUAUUGCAUUUUGAUGCAGUUAUACAAAAUGAAAUGCACAAUAAAAUGAAUGCUCAAUCACUGGCUAUGCUGUUAAGUCCAGUAUUGCAAAUGUCGCACCGCUUACUAGUAACACUAUUGUGUCACUGCCCGAAUUUAUUUGCAGAUGUGCAUCUUAUAAAAUAUGUACCACCCAUUACAUCAUCCAGUCCUAAACUACCCGAUAAUCCUGAUGAACUGCAAACUGAACUACGUAAACAAGAAAGUCUUUUAGCACAAAUACAUGCUGAAAUGAAUGCUGGGUUUGUGUCCAAAAAGCGCGAAGAGCAACUAUGGGAAGUGCAACGCAUUAUUACACAACUGAAACGUAAAUUACGUGGUUUUGAAAAGAAACAAGAAAAAUCCAUUGACGAACUACAAAGUGUACCAGUUUCGUGCGAUACAACCGAUGCCAAAGCAAAAAUAGCUUUAACGAAACAAACCAAACUAAGCUGUUCUGAUGAUGAACCAACUAAAGCGAUUUGCACAAUGCACUCAAAUGAAUCCGCAGAAAGUACUGAAGCCAAAAAUACACCGCAACAAGAGAUAAUUGAUUGUAUGCCUAUAGCAAUACCGGAAGAGAAUUUAAAUGAUGCACUCACUGAAUUAACAAUUGAUGACAAACGACAUCCAGACGGCUUGUAUAUUGAUGAAGAGACCAAGUUUCUAAUGGUACCGAAAACUCACGCGGAUUACGAGACACUGCUGCGUCUACAAUUAGAAAAUCAGGAGUUGAUUGCUUGGAAGACACAAUUGCAAACGCGUAUAAGUGCUGAACGUGCUGAAAUAUUACGGCUAAAACAACAGCUGCAGAGGCAGCCAAUAAGGCGUACCGCGGAAGAACAUAUCAGUGAAAGUGAUUGCGAGAAACUCAUAGGCACUUAUAUGCGCGAAAACAAAUUACUCGAGCAAAAGAAACUGAUAUUAGCGAAUGAAAUAUUUCAAGAGAAUAAAGAUUUAAUUGGUCUGCAAGUCGAACUACUCAUGAGGCAAUAUCAAAAAUAAUUUUAAAAUGUAACAAAUAUCGAGAUUAUUCACCACAUUUCAUAUAUAUAUUAAUACUCU